UCUCUCUCGCGUGCCCAUUCUCGACCCCCCUUAUUUAUAUGCAUAUACCUCCGCAGCCCCCUGAGAGGGAGAAGGGUAACAAGAAAUGGACCCUAAACUUAGGAACGGAGGAGACCGGGUGGGAAAACCCUAGGGUUUGGGGUGUGGGAUGAGAUGAACCAUGGUGAGAUCGGGCGAUCCGGAGGCGACGUCGGAGAUCUGGGGGACGCUGGAGGAGCUCCUCCUCGCGUGCGCCGUGAGCCGGCACGGGACACGGAGGUGGGACUCGGUGGCCAUGGAGGUCCGGAGCCGGAGCCCCUCCGCUCACCACCUCCUCCUCACGCCGGAGGGUUGUAACGAACGGUACCGCCAUCUCGAGCGCCGCUUCUCCGCCUCCGACGGAAAGAUCGGCGGCGGGGGUGGCGGGCCGGGGUUGGAAAUCCCCUGGCUCGAGGAGCUGCGGAAGCUCCGCGUCGCCGAGCUCCGUCGCGAGGUCCAGCGCCACGACGUUUCGAUUUUGUCUUUACAAUUAAAAGUAAAAAAGCUACAGGAAGAGCGCGAACAGAGUCUGUUGGAAGGGGACGAUGGGAAGCGAAGACCAGAUCUGAAGGAAAAGGAGGGAAGAAAGAACCGCGAAUCACCGGGAUCUACUCCCGGGAACAUCCCGGGAAACCGGAUCUCUGGAGAUUCCGGCCGCUCGUGCGAGGAGUCCAACUCAACCGAUCCGAAAGAUGUAGAAGAGAAACCCCGUGUUGGACUCGAGGAGGCUGAGGCGGCGCCCGGCGCAGAAACCAAGAGCGCCGAUCAGGCCAUGGGUGGGGACGUAAAGUCCGCCGGAGAGGCGUCUUAUAACGGGAGCUCCGACACAAUAGCGAAGGCCGCGGUCGUGGCCAACACGGCUCGACCGCUGCCUCUGGGCGACUCUGGCGAGUCCAUGGCCGAGUCGAAAGGCGGCGAGCCGGAGGCGGAAAGGGAAGGGGCGAAGGAGACCAGCGACGUGCAGAGCUCAGCGAGCCUGUCGAGGCGGCAGCGUCGGCGGCGGCGGCGGGGUGGGCGGACGAAGGGAUUCUCUGGCUGUAGCAGCGGCGGAGACGAGCCGGAGGCCGACGCCGUAUCCCCUGGCGGCGAGCGGGUUGCCGCUGAAUCCCCGCCGUUGAUCACCUUUGUCGAGUUCAUCCGGGCGCAUAAGUUCGGAUCCGUUUUCGAACGCCGCCUGGAGAGCCAGAGCGUCAGAUACCGGAGCAUGAUACGGCGACACGUGGAUCUGGAGAUGGUGCGGGCGGAGCUGGAAGGGAGAGGGGGCAGGAAGGCGUACACGCGCGCGGAGGUCUUCCGGGAUCUGCUGCUCCUUUGCUACAACGCCAUCGUUUUCUACCCGAAGAGCUCUCCCGAAUCAAUCGCAGCCGUCCAUCUCCGCGGGCUUGUCACGAAGGAGAUGGCCAAAACCAUCCGGAAGCCGGCCCGACCACCGAAACCGGAGGAACCCGCCCCACCAGCGCAACCAUUUCCGCCGCCACCGGUUUCUAAGCUUCAAUCGGAUCCGGAUCGUGCGAGCGAGCCGCUUGAGAAGCAGACCCCCUUGGUCCCCUUAACUGCUUGCCGGAAACGGAGCUCCCUCUCUGGCAAGGCUGCGGCGGCGGCGGGGUGGAAGGAGGGGAAGGAGGAGAACGAGAAGCACCGAGUAGAUCGGAAGGAGCGGGAGGAGGACGAAACCCUGACCACGAAGAGGACGAAGGAGGGGUUCUCGGUGUCCAGGCCAAGAGGUUUGAGGAGCAACAAAACCCCUGGGAACGGCGGAAACAGGGUCAACGGAGUAUCAAAGAGUCCCAAUUCCAUCUCUUCUCCGAGGAUUAAAUCCACCGCGGUCGAGAACUCGACGGAAGCGACGGCUAAAUCAGCGAAGAAGAACGGAGGUGGCGAAGCCGUGUCCGCCUCAAAGAAAAAGGGAGCGGCGGAGUUCCUGAUUCGGAUGAAGCGGAGCUCGCCGACGUCGAACGGGAAACUAAGGAAUACGCUGAGGAGCAGCGCCUCCUCCGGCGCCGGCGGUGGGAAAGGGGGCGAGCAGCAGAAGAAGGGAGGGCGUGGGGAUGGCAGGAAGGACCGUGAUUCCCGUCGGUCAUCGAAACGGGCGGCGGAGAAUAGUGCUCCCGUGAAGAGGAGCGUGGGGAGGCCGCCCAAGAGAGCGGCGGCUCCCCCUCCUCCGCCUCCGGCGAAGAAGGCGAAGGAUGAGUUGGGAAGGACACCACCGUCGCGGAACCGAGCGAGGAGGUGAGUGGGGUAGGAGGAGAAGUGAAUUUUCCUUUUCUAAUAUUUAGUAGGGGUUGAAGUAUGGAUGAUGGUACCUUACCUCAGUUUUGGAUACCAUUUCUGCUUGACCUCUGAAACUGGCUGGCCUCGGCCUCCCAUUUCAACCCUGUUGUAAGAGUGGUAAUAGGUUGGAUACAAAAUAGGUUAAAAAUUUGUCACCUCGAAUUCAGCAGGUCAAAGGCCUAAAUCUGAACUCGAUUAUUUUACUAGAUAGAUAAUCUAACUUAAUUUACAAUGGAUUGAAUCGAAUUAAAUAGGUUAAACAUUGCUAUCCAAUUAAUUAAAGAGUUU